AUGUACUCGUAUCUAACCAGCUGCAGCAGCAGCAACAACAAAUGCAGCAGCAGCAGCAGCAGCAGCAGCAGCAGCAGCAGCAGCAGCAGCAGCACAGUGUUUGUCCGUGCGCUGCACAGCACUGCGCCUGAGGGGCCGAAACCCGCAGCAGAAGCUGCCGCAGGAGCAGCGGGAGAAGCAGCCCCAGCAGCAGCAGCAGCAGCAGCAGCAGCAGCAGCAGAAGCAGCAGCAGCAGCAGCAGCAGCAAAAAUGCCCCUCAGGGGCUGGGCGCUGCUGGGCUGCAGCCUGGCACUUCUUGCUGGGGGUUUGGGCAGCGCCGUGUGGCUCUUUUUGGAUUCUCCAGAACCCCUUAAAGUGGCGUGGGACGCAAUUCAGAAAGACCCUCGAGUUGUGGGCGCGCUGGGCGGAGAGGUAAAGAGGGGCUGGUGGUGGGGGGGUUUUGUUCACGAGAAAGAUGCGCGGGUUAAGUUGUCUCUUACAGGCCCCCAGGGGCAGCGCGGCUUCGCCACCUGCGACCUAAUGAAAGACCCUGAAGGGCCCUGGAGGAUUUUGCUGCUAAACUUUGUGCCUCUAGAUGAGCCGCAGACGCAAGCUACGGCCAAUCCUAUGUCGAAUGUGGUGGCGCUGAUGCCUGAGCAGCUUCCGCGAGAGAAGCAGCAGCAGAACUUCUUGAGGGGCAAGACAGAGCCUGAGGCUUGA